CGGAGCGCACGGGCGAAACCAAACGAGAGCGCGGGCGAUGGAGAGGAGGCUCAGCCUGGAGCAGCGAACGGAGCGUCUGGUGCAAAGGAGCCAGGCCCUACUCAAGCCCCGCCCCUGCGGGCCAGAGAGGGCGGAACCUCUGCUUGGCUCCGCCCCCUGCAGUUCCAUCCACGAUGACCCCCUCGUCCAAUGGCGCUCGAGGCGGUGCCGAGGGGAGGAGCCAGCGCUGGACACGCCCCUGGCGGGCAGCGCCCUGCUGGGCUUUGCUGCUCCCCAGAGUGCCCUGCAGAGUGCGCCACGGGGCAGGUCACGUGAUUCCCCCAGGGCCCUGCAUGGUGCAGCACCCUGGGAGUCACGUGAGCCCUCUGAGGCCCCAUGGCCAAUCAGGAAACGCUUCUGCAAGCAUCAGGGGGUGUCUUCACCCCAGGCCUUCUCCCAGGAACCCUUGUGGCAGGAGCCAUAUUGGAGGUCAUAUGACUCCCUCAAGGCCCUCUGGCCAGUGAGAAGCAGCUCACUGGAUGCCCUGCAGGGGGCAGGAUACUCACAGUCACGUGACUCCCACGAGGCCCUGUGGCGAAUCAGCAGAAGAUGCUGUGCAUCUGCACACCAGAGGAUGCCACCCUGUGGGAAGCAAGAGUCCCAUGAGCCUUUGCGGCACGAGCCAUUUAGAGGGUCACAUGACUGCCUCGGAGUGCUACAGUGUGCACCAUAUCAGAAGUCACGUGACUCCCAGGAUGCUCUGCAGCCUGCAAGGAAGGUGCAUCCUGAGCCUCUGCACUGGGGAGCAGCGGCCUUGAGGUCACAUGACGCCUGCAAGGCCCCACAGCCAAUCGGGAGCGGUGCUCAUGAUGCCCUACAGGGGGCGCCAUUGCAACAGCCACUGGGGCCUCUGGGGGACCCCCUCCUCUGGAUGCUGCGAUGUCACCGCCGGGCCAUAAUGGGACGCCUUCGGGCCAUCGAGACCCUCCUGGAAUGCCCACCUGGGUGUCCCCAACCCAGGGUGGGGCCAAUAAAGCAGUGACACCCCAAAAUUGCAACAGGGAGGUGGGGAAAUGCCCAGAGUCUCCUCCUUUACUUCCCCUACCUUUGGGAUUGCCCCCAAUCCCCUCUCCCCCCAUAUGUCCCCAAGAGCAUUUGGGGGGUUCUGGGAGCUCGAAAGAGGGUGUUGCUGGGGUGCCGGGUGUCUCUAGGGGUCCGUGAGGGUCUGUGGGGUGUUUGGAGGGGCUCUGAGGCUGCAGACGGGUUUGGGAGUGUAUGGGGAGCGCUGGAAAUCAGGAGUGGGUGGGGGGGGGUUGGGUACCUAUAGGGGGUCUGGAAGAAAUCUGUGCGAUUUGGGAGGGCACUCUAGGGGUGUUGGGGGAGGUCUGUGGAAGAUGUGGAGGGUCCAGGAAGGGGUUUGCAGGGACCCUUGGGUUUUGGAGGGUUUUUAACCGUCUAGGGGUCUAUGGGAUGUUUGGGGGAGCCCAGGACAGGGCUGGGGGUUGGGUCUGUGGGGACUAGGAAGUCUAUAUGGCUAUCUGGGUGGGUUAUUGGGCGUAUUGGGGCGGGGAACCCCCAAACCCGUGGGGCCAGGGCUCAACUGUCUUCUUCAACUUCACGGCCGACGUGGCGCCGGGGUGUUCUGGUGUCCCCCCGCCCCUGAGAGCGCUGCGGGGGAUCGUGGGGGGCCUCAGAAACUCCUCCUGAGUCCCCAGAAAUCCGUCGGGCCCUCCCGCCUCCAGUUGACCGCGGCUCGCGCCAGUUUACUCACUUCCUGGACUACAACUCCCAAAAUGCCCCGUAGAACGCCCUUAGGGCCAGGACUGCAGUUCCUAUCAUGCCCCGCGGCCGCUGAGAGCGCGGCUGGAGCCGGAGCUACUCGGGCUGCAGGGGAAUCUCUGCUCUGGCACCUGCAGCACCUCCUCACCUGGGGAGCUGCUCACAGAGGAGGGACAACAGCAGUGAAAGGGACUUGGGACCAAAGGAGGCAUCAGCAGAGCAAGAAACAUCUCCCGAGCUCUAGCUGGUGUCAGAGGACCCUUCUGCUGUGGGACUGCUGAGGGUUGAAGAACAGCAGGUACUGAUGGCUGGCACAACAGUGUCCCUUUGGCAGCAUGGCACCAACUGAGACUUUAGGACCCCAUCCAUGAGAUGAUCCAUGAACUGGAGAGCUGGCGUGCUUAGCAAGACAUGCUCAUCCCUCAAUAAGCCCACAUGGCCCCUACCUGAAUCCUGUGGAAAGUGGAUACUGACAGUGGAUUGUCAUGGCCUGAAUGAAGUCACACCAUCACUGAAUGCUGCCAUUCUGGACAUUUUGGAACUUCAGUUUGAGCUGAAAUCCAAGGCAGCAAUAUUUUGCCCCAUAGAUAUUGCCAAUGCAUUCUUCUCCAUUACUCUGUCAGCAGAUUUCCAGACCUGGGGUCCUUCUUUGAGGCUGCCCCAUGGUGGGCCUUGGCCUCCCUGUGGCACCCUGCCCACACAGGUGGGCUUGGCCACCAUGCUGAGUGCUCCACGGGGCUCCUGGGGAUGCCUGGUGAGGGGGAUGCUGUGGCUGAUGAUGGAGCUCUUGUGCCCAGUCACACGUUGGGGAUGUCCAGGUUUCAGGGGUGCCUCAGUCUUUUGGGGAGGGGCGUGUCCAGUCCAGUGAUGGGUCCCCCAAUCCCAUGGGAGGAGGGGGUGUGUGUUCCAAUCCCAUGGUAAAGGUCUCAGUUCCAGGAAGGUUAAUCAGUUACGUAUGGGAGUCUCUCUCUCAUUAAUUGGGAGGGAGUUCCAGUCCCAGGCAGAGGGGCCCAGAUCCCUUGGUGGGGACUCAUUCCAUGAAAGGGUAUAGUAUCCCCUGUCCCAUCAGCAGGGUUCCAAAAAUGAAGUGGAGGCAGGAUGUUCUUACCCUGUCCUGUUUGUCACACUGUUGGGGUACCCCCUGUAUUCAGGGUCUUUUCCUCCUCCAUUUUUUGUCUCCCAGAGAAACACAGGGCCACUAGAAAGAUGUCCCAGCUGGCCAGGAGGAGUCCAGGCACCUCCUGCCACAGGGCACAGUCAUAGCAGGGUGGGGGAUACGGUGGGAACAUGGACACACUGGGGACACAUGGGAGACAUGAGGACAUUGUGGGACAUGUGAGGGGACAGGUGGGACAUGAGGGACACUUGAAGGACCCUGCGUGCCUGAGGGAGAUAGGGAACAUGGGGACACAGAGUAGCAGUGAGGGUACUGUGUCCAUGGGGAGGGGCAGUGUUGGAAAUGAUGCACCUUCUAACAUUUUAAACUAACUUUAGUCAGGGGUUUUGUUCGUCUUCACCCGGGAGGAAGGGACUGGAAGUUUCUUUUCAAGUGGCUCUGUUCCCCAGACAAGGCCUGAUGAGCUUGGCAUCUCAAUGGACUGGGAACUGCCACAGGAUGCACAAGAAAUAAGUGACCAUCAACACCUAAACAAACUUCCUGGUGUGUCAGAGACACCUGGUCUAGGAAUCAAUAAAAGAUCAAUAAAAGAAUGAAGAAUGAGGACCUAAUCAGCAUUGAAGGCAAAGGAAAUAGGAAAUCAGAUACAAAGAACUGUGUAACUUGUGGACAAUGAACAUUGAACCAAUGAAUUUUUCUGGGUUUUGACUGUGUAAGUAUGUAAAAAAUCUAGUAAAGACCCAUGCAUAGAAUGGUUUCUCUGCACAAUCCAA